AAAAUAUAGAGGAACAAAAAAAAACCGGAUAGAAAGAAACCCUUCUCUCUCAAACCCUAGUUUUUUAUUGUUUUGAUUACAGAUCUGUAUUUUGCGUGUAAAAAUGAAGAAGAAACCGGUGGGGUUUAGGUUUAGUCCUACGGGACAGGAACUGAUCAACCAUUACCUCAAGAACAAGGUUCUUGAUAAACCAUGGCUUGUCGACGAAGCAAUUAACGAGAUCAACAUCUGUGCUCACGAUCCAAAGUUCUUGCCUGCGUUAUCGAAGCUGGACUCAAAGGAUCUUGUAUGGUACUUCUUCUGUCGAAGGGAGUACCACGUAUCUGAGAAGAAGAAGGGAACGAAGAGGACAACACCUUCUGGGUUCUGGAAAGCUACUGGUGUUGAUCGGAAGAUCAGGGACAAGGGUGUUGAGAUCGGGAUCAAGAAGACGCUUGUCUACUAUGAAGGUAAAUCAACUAAUGGUGCUUGGACUCCUUGGGUCAUGCACGAGUAUCACAUCACUUCCUUGCCUCCUAGUCAGAGGAACUAUGUUAUCUGCCAAGUAAUGUACAAGGGUGCUGACGGAGAUAGUUUGUACGGUAAUAACUCCAAUGAGUUAAGCCACUCCACCAUGGUCUCUGACUUGAAUACUGUCAGAGAGAUUAACACUGCCCCUGAGGUUGAGCAACCAACGGAAGAAGAUUUCUACAUGUCUUGGGAUGAUUUGGCCAACCCACUGAACGAGCAGGAUGAUCCCUCUCUAUUCAAUCCAGACACGUUUUUCAACGACGACUACUGCCCUUACCAGCAGCAGCCACAAGCUCCCUGCGAUGAUGAUUAUAUUAAUAAACUGCUGAGUUUUAACGGAGGGAAUUAUGCUGAUGUACUUGGAGAUCUAGACAUCACAAUGCAAGAGCACCGCAACGAUCACAGGCCAACGAAAGCUUUGACAGGGAUCAUUGUUGAUUGUAGCAGUGAUAACGAUGCUAAAUCCAUAUCUGCAACGGUAAGCAUGUUAGAACCAAUUAUUAUAAAUUUGACAUGCUUAUUCCAGCGAUUAGUGAUGGUGAAGAACGGCAGCUCCAACGCCCUGCUCUCCUCCACGUCUUGGUUCUGCUACAAAAUACCAACAAGUGAAAAGAUGACUCUAUGGACAACAGAUACGAUGAAUCCGGUGGUGAUUGGUUCGCAAGCAGUUGUGGUGAUGAUUGGAGAUGAACGCAACGUCUUGUCUAACAUGUAG